AUGUCUGACGAAGGCAACGAGAUUGAGGCUGAAAUAGGAUAUGACUGUGAUGAUGGCGGUAGCGAGGACGGAUCAUUAUCAUUGGAUGAAGACGAACAUGAUGGCGAAAAUUAUAUGAGUUUGGAUGAGUCUUACAGUGGCAAUAUAGGAGGAGAUGAUGACAAUGAGGAUAUGGAUGUAGAUGAUUCAUAUGCUGAAAGCGGAAGCCAUAUGGAAGUGGAAGGGUACUAUGAGUGGAAUUUUUUCGAUGAUGCCAAUGACGAAAACGAUAUUGAUGCAUCUUAUAAUGACAGCUCGAGCAAAGGAGAGGUUGGUGGCGCGUGCGAAAACGAUGAUGAUGCCGAUGGUGAUGAGUGCAAUUUUGACACUGGGUACGAUGAAUACCAGCAAGAAUCACUGGACAGGCAUUGGACGGUGACGUCCACGACGUUCAGGACAGACGAGGAGGCAUAUGAUUUCUAUAACGAUUAUGCGAAAAAGCGUGGAUUCAGCAUUAGGAAGGACAACUUGAAAUAUGCAAAGGGUAUCGACGCACCUAGGCGCUUGAGGAGGUUUCUGUGUUCAAGGGCUGGGAAACGACAGGCCAAGUUUUGUACCAUGGAAGGGAAGAAGCGCAGGCUGAGAGCGGAGACUCGGUGCUAUUGCGAGGCCCAUCUAACUGUGAAGCUUGACAGAGAGCGCUCCAUUUGGUAUGUCAGUAGUUUCAGCGAUGAUCAUAGUCACACUUUUGCUAGACCGGAUGAAGUUAUAUAUCUUCGAUCUCAUAAUCAGAUAAAGGAAUACCAGAAGCUCGAGAUCUUAGCAAUGGCUGGUGCUGGGCUCAAAAAACAUUGGAUUUAUGACAACUUCGUUAGUAGGUAUGGAUCAUAUGCACGGGCUGGUUUCGGCGGGAGGAAGCUUUAUAACAUGUGUUAUAGGGAGAAAAUGAAGUUGCUAGCAAAGGGUGAUGCGGACACUGCGAUUGGUAUCAUGAUGACGAGAAAGGCAAGGGAUCCAGACUUUUUCUUUGAGUACACUGUUGACGCAGAAGGCAAGCUGAAGAACAUGUUCUGGUGUGAUUCUCAGUCACGUCGGGAUUACCUUGACUUUGGUGAUGUAAUCAUCUUUGACAGCACUUACAAGAUGAAUAGGUACGGAAUGCCAUUCAUACCUUUUGUUGGUCUAAACAAUCAUCGUUGCACCACUGUGUUCGGUUGUGCUGUUGUGUCAGAUGAGACGGAGGAUACAUAUGUUUGGGUGUUGCAGACCUUCUUGAGAGCUCAUCGUCAGAAGAAGCCGAGAGAAAACAUGCAGAAACACCUCCAUCACAUGUCCCUUAAGGAGUUCAGAGCUCUUAUUUACUAUGCCACUACACAUGAUGAGUUUGAGGCGAGAUGGGCAGUUUUUAGAGCUAAAUGGGAGUCAGAGAAAACUGAAACAUGGUUGCGUAGGAUGUACAGGAAGAAAAGGCUUUGGGCUGCAUCAUAUCUCACCGGUGGGUUCUUCCUUGGUAUGCGGAGUAACCAGAGGAGCGAGAGUCUGAACUCUUGCCUUCAUAUGCAUCUUGACUCUGGCAUGACGAUUGUUGAUAUGGUUGUGCAUUAUGAGAACUGCAUUGUUCGGCUCCGUGAGAACGAGUCACAUGACGACUGCAUGUCCACACAGACACUCCCUGUACCAGUACUCGACGAGUUCAAAUGCAUUAAAAAAGCCGCUGCCCGUGACUUCACUGCGGUGAACUUUUACCUCUUGCAGAAAGAAAUGAAGAAGGCAGCGGAUCUUGAGAUCAUAAAUAUACUCAGUGGAGCCGUCAGUAGGAGAUUCAUAGUGGCAUGGAAAAAUAAGAGGCAACUGAGAUUCAAAGUGGACUAUACACCUACUAAUUCAGAAGAAACAGUGAAGUGUAGUUGUGAUAGUAUGAAACGUAAAGGUCUUCCAUGCAAGCAUGUUCUCUAUGUUUUAGCCAGGUUGAACGUGAAGGACUUACCUAAGUGCUUAGUGCUGCGAAGAUUCACCAAGAAUGCUAGAGGUGGACUGCCCGUGAAACGCACUAGCGAUCUCUUCGCAUGGGGAUGGGCAGGUACUGAGGAGAGAACUAAGUACAGUGAGUUGACUAUUUUGUCAGCGGAAGAAAAUCAUGCGGCAUGUCAUAGACCAUUCCUAUUUGAUAAACUGAAGGCUGCUCUGGAGGAUGUGAUAGCAAACAAGGACGUUGAGGAGGAAGAUUAUGUGAGACAGCAUAGGGUUGCACAAGACGAUGCUUUUGUGCCGGAUCAAGAUCAUGUUUUUGUUGGUGAUCCAGAGAAAAUCAAUAAGAAAGGAGCACCGAAAGGGCAGAAUAACAAAGGCCGUGGUAAGGAACCUGGCGUUACUAAAAAGGUAGACCUAAAGGUUUUGAUGAGAAACCUCCUGUACGCCUAUGCGGUUUAUGCAGAAUAA